AUGGAUUUUUAUUCCUACCAUGAAUUCGGGAUGACGCUCGACGACCCAUCCGCCGACCCGUCGUCCAUCGACUCGGCGCUCUUUUUUGUGCUCGGCGCCUUCAUUCUGAACGUGAUCGUGGUCAUGCUGGCCGUCUGCUAUUUCGACCCUUCCUCCACUCAACCACCACUUGUCCACAGGUGGUUCGCCACAAUCAAGCGAUCCUGUCUACCCUCAAAGCUGAAUUCUGAAACCGCCGUCGAUCCCAAGUCGUCGGUUUGUCAGUACAAAGAAUGUCCAGUGGGCGAAGGCCAGGUCGCUUUGGGGUCCGGACUCGUCUGCGUCCCGUUCAAACGUCUCGCAAAUGGCACUGUCCCGGACCCAUAUUUCUGGGAGGGAUGCCAAGAGCAAAUGCGGAUAAACUGCGGCACCUGGACGCCACUAUGCUGCCCACCGAAGACGCACCCGUGCAAAGGGGAAAACGGAACGGAAUGCAUUGCCUACGACGACCUGAAGUCGUUGCGUCGAAAAGACGGCGCGUUCGCGUGUGUCCGCGCAACAGCUGAAGACAAGGCGGCUGCGAGGGCUACUGCCUCACCGGCUGCCCAGGAGCAGACCGAACCGAAAGAAAAAUCUCCAGGCUCUCGUCCAUUCUGGCUUCUCCUCAGCUCCGUCUGCAUCACCCUCGCUACGCAGAUAAUCGCCAACAUUGAUUUC